CCACUCUUCAGCUCAUCACUUAAACCAAUCACAACCAACUCACUCGAAAGAAACAGAUUAAACGAAGAACUCAACUAAUGAAAACAACCAUGACAGAAACCAAUCUAACCGUCCAUCCACCAACCUCACCUUCAGAUUCAAAUUCAGAUUCAGAUCGAUCUGAUGAUUAUCAAUUACCUCUAACUUCUCCCAUUCGAAUCCAUCAUCAACAUCCCAAUGAAACAGAUCAAGACGAACAACAUACUCAUACCUCUUCAGAAGCAGAUGCAGAAAGGGGUCAAUUACUCUCCUCUUGGAAAUCUCAACAAUCAAAUUCAAAUUCAAAUCUAAAUUGGAGUGAAGAUGAAGAAGAAGAAGACGACGAAGAUGAUUCAUUAGAAGAUGAAGGAGAAGAAGGAGAUGAUGAAGAUGAUAAAUCAAUUGAAAUAUCAAAAUGUAUUAAAUCAUAUAAAUCUACUUCAAAUCAAACACCUCAUCUUACCAUCAUACCUAAUCCUAAUCUUCAAAUCUUAUCUAAUUCUAGUUUUGAUUCCGAUUUACAAUCUCCUGAUAUCAGUCUUGAUUCUACUCGUCUAUCUGACGAACGUAGAAGAAAACUCAAAAGACGUAAGAAACGUAGGGUUUAUGGUGGUGGUAGACUUGAUGCCGGUGGUGAAUUAGAGAUUUGGGAAGUGGCUUUAGGCAUUGCUGGUGAUAUACUCUCACCUGCACCUCUCUUCAUCCCACACGCUUUCCUCUUACUCGGUUUACCUAUCGGUUUACCAGUCCUCUUCCUCUCAGCUUUCCUCGCUUGGUUCUCUCAUGUUGUUUUAGUCGUAUGUGGUCGUUAUGUAGGCGGUCGAACCUAUGCUCAAAUUGCAUCUGCAGUCUUCCCAGAUCGAUGCAAAGGCUUCAAUCUUUGGUUUGGUGAAUCGGUGGUUGAACUCUCUCGUCUUUUCAUCGCUGGCGGUCGUGGGAUGGUGAACAUGAUGAUGGUAUCCGACCUAUUUGCUCAACUCACUCGACAAUACACACCUAAAGCUGCAAUCCUCUAUUCACGAGUCUUCAUCAUCGUUUUUGUCGCUCUAAUUUCACUGAUCCCAAACUUUAUUCGUCCUCGAAGACCAAUCUUCAUGCCUGCUGCUUUUCCUACUCUCUCACGUCUUCCGCUUCUUCUUACUACCCUUUGGCCGAUCGCACUAGGACUCAUUGGGUUCAGAUUAAGGCAACUCAAUAAAGAACUUGGACGUAAAUUACCACCAAGUGGUGAAGGUGAUGUUUAUAGUGAAAUUAUGGGUGGUACUGUUUGGGGUGGAUUCACUAUUAUCCUUUUUUGUCUCACUACUCCACAAAACACAUUCACGCAUCUUAGAUCAUUGAAAAGAAUUAAUAAACUACCAGCCCAACCGGCUCAUCAUCCGAUGGUCCCCAUCGGCCAUGGUGCUACCCCGGAUCCUACUCUCAAUCGAGGUUCUUUUGCUACAAGUUAUACUCUUCGACGAUAUUCUUGGGAAUCAGCAUCAUUUCUAGGUGUACUUUAUGCUUGUUUGAUUUGUCUUGGUUGGGGUUUGGUAGGGUACUUGGGUAUGGAUCAUGGUGGUUACGAAGUGAAUUUUCUCGCUUCCUUACCGUCUGCCGAUCCAUGGAUCUCUGCCUCUCGAGUAUUAAUUUUGAUAGUUUUAAUACCAUCGAUUCCACUUUCAUUAAGAGCAGCAACCACCUCACUUUUCCAUUUCUGUCGAAUUCCAUUUGUGAUCAGAACAGCUUCUAGUAGACGAGCGAGAUUAAGGAAUCGAGGGAAUUCGAGUAAAUCAGGAGAAAGAAGAAGAGGGAUUGAUACAGAAUGGGAUGAUGAAGAUGAAGAUGAAGAAUUAAAAGGAAUCAAAGUUUGGGGUGCUAGAUUAGUGACGAUGAUCGUUUGGGUUGGGGUUUCGAUUGGAGCUGUGCUUUGGGGUGGUAGUAAUGGUGGUGAAGGUAGUACGAUUGAAAUGUUGGGAUGUGUGGGAUCUACAUUUAUGACGGGUAUCUUGCCUGCUAUUUUCUUUGUGGUUUUAUUUCAUGUUAGGAAAGCUAGAUCUAUUUUUGUGACGGAUUCUAGAACACAACAAGAUGAACUAUUAGUUAGAAAAGAAUCACAAUUACAAAGACGAUUGAAUGGUAGAAGAUUAUGGCAAGAUGUUUGUGUGUUUGGGAUCUUGUUACCUUAUUGUAUGGUGAUCUUAAUGAAAGGAUUGAUUGCAGCUUUUACCUUAACAAGAAUAGAUGGAAAACCGUAAGAGAUAAGAAGCUAAAAGGAUUCCAGAUUGUUUAUGGAAAUCAAUUUAAAGCAAGUUUUGAAGGGGUUGGUUCUUUGAUUGAUUAUUUUUUCGGUUUUUUUUUCGCCAAAGAACUGGGUUUCAUUCUUUAAGCAUUUUGUGUGUUCAUGAUUUCAUUUAGUUUUUGGUUUUGGAUUUGGUAUAUUCUGUUUUUUUUUUGGUUUUUUUUUGUGAUUUGUGAUCUGGACAUUUGAAUCAAAAGGUUCAAGAAGAAUGCUAGUUUGAUUUUGAUUUUGAUUUUGAUUUUUUGAUUUUAUGGUACAACUAGUCUUGUUUUAAGUUUAUAUUUUUAUCGUUAUUUGGUUUUGGAUGAUUAAUUUUGAAAGUCAAUUGAUUGUCUUUUCUGUUAC